UAUUUACAAAGAUUUGAUUUCUAAAAUAUUAGAUAGGGUCUAAUAUAGCCCAAGUUGGCCUCAAACUCACUAUGUAGUCAGGUCCUGAUUUUCUUGCUUCUUCUCUCCCAUUAUACACUGCUAAAAUAAAACUCUUAGCCAGUUAUGAUAGGAUAGAAUUUUUUGAAGAUUUAUUUUUAUUUUAUGUAUAUGAGUACACCAUUGCUUUCUUCAGACACACCAGAAAAGGGCAUCAACCCCAUUGCAGAUGGUUGUGAGCCACCAUGUGGUUGCUGGGAUUUGAACUCAGGACCUCUGGAAGGGCAGUCAGUGCUCCUAACCACUGAGCCAUCUCUCUAGCCUCAUAGUACAGGCUUUUGAUCUGAGGACCUAAGAGUCAGAGGCAAGCACAUUUCAGGGCUUGAUCUACAUACUAAGUUCUGGGCUAUCCUAGACUAUAUAAUGAGACCUUGUCUCAAAAAUGCAAAACAAUAAAUAGUAACAACAACAACCAGGGCUUAUGUAUACACAGCAGGCACUCCAACACUGCGCUGCCCCCUUCGUCCCUAAAAUUAUACUCCUUUUUUUAUUUUUAUUUUUUUAUUUUUUGACUCAGCAGUUAAGAGCACUGGCUGCUCUUCCAGAUGACCCAAGUGUGAUUCCCAGAACCUAUGUGGAGACUCACAAAUGUCUGUAACUCCAGUUCCAGGGGCUCUGAUGCCCUCUUGUGGAUUCUUUGGCCAGCAGGCACACACUUGAUACAGGACAAGCAAAACACCCAUACACAUAAAAAUGAUAGAUAGAUAGAUAGAUAGAUAGAUAGAUAGAUAGAUAGAUAGAUAUUAAUAAACUUGUUAUUAUAGGUCUGUAGAGAUGGCUCAGCAGUUAGGAUCCCUCAGUGCUCUUCAGAGUACUUGGUUCCAUUCCCAGCACCCAUAUGGUAUCUCACAACUGCCUGUAACUCCAAUUCCAAGAGAUCCAAUUCCCUCUUCUCACCUCCUAAGGUACCAGGCGUGCACAUGGUCCAUAUGUACACAUGCAGGAAUUCACACAUACAAUAAAAAGGAAUGAAUUGUUUAGAAGAAUUAUAAAUUAUGUAAUAAAACAUAUUAAUUAUAAAUUAUUAUGCCACAGCUCACAUGUGGAGGUCAGAGGACAAUUUGUAAGAGUCAAUUCUCUUUUUUUAACCUUUACACGGAUUCUGAGGUAUGAACAUGGGUCAUCAGGCCUACAUAGUAGGCAUUUUACCUGCAGAGCCAUUUCAUAUUCAUAUGUAAAACCUACAAUGGGAAUCUAUAGCAGGGCAUGGUGGCUCACGCCUUUAAUCCUGAUCCUUGGGAAGCACAGACAGGUAAAGCUCUGAGUUCGAGGCCAGACUGCUCUACAGAGUGAGUUUCAGGGAAGCUCGGGCUGCAUACUGAGACCUUGGCAAAUAAAGAAACAAGAAAACAAAGAAUGUAUUCAGGUCUUUCAGCACUGAGCUGUAAGGAAAGACAGUUAACAUUAAUGCAAACUAUUCAGGAAGAAAGGAAACAUCUUUAGACCAUGACACAGGCAUCUCAGACACUGCUUGCCUGGUUGUCCUGUGAUAUUUCAGCCAUAUCUUUACUGUAACUAUCUUGUAUAAUAAUUACCAUACCUUACCAUUAUCUCUACUUCCCCUUUGCAACCCCCACUAAACUGAGAGAAACUCAAAAGCAGAAAACUUGAAAUUUUUGUAGUGUUUAAAGAUAUUUUAGUUGGGUGGUGGAGAAACACCUUUAAUCCAGCACUCGGGAGGCAGCAGGCAGGUGGAUUUCUGAGUUCGAGGCCAGCCUGGUCUACUGAGGGAGUUACAGAACAGCCAGGGCUACACAGAGAAACCCUGUCUCGAAACACAAGAAAGACAAGGUAUCUGGCUGCUUAGCCUAUUUUGGGGGAUCAUUAUAACCCAGUGCCCAACAUGCAAUCAAGACUGAAAAAAUAAGUGUGGGACAAACCAAUAUGCUUCCAGGAACUGGAAAGCUACUUACUAUGAUUAAUAGAACAGCAUGAAGAUAAAAACCAAUAUUUAAAAAUCUAGAGAAAUAGAAAAAAAUAAUAAGCCCUUUGCACUGUGGCUAGAUCUCAAGUCAUUGCUAUUAUCACUUUUGAAAGUCACUGGCCAAAUGACAGGAAACCACAUUCCUGGAACCCCCGAAAUAAAGUAAUUACAUUGAAAGUGCUCACUGAAAAAUAACACUAAUUUCCACUGAAAGAAAUUAUUCCACUGAAUAAUUCAAUAAUUUCCAUCGAAUUACCACCCAAAAAAAGUCACUAAGUUCGGGCAAUGUAAAGUGUUACUGUUAACUUACUGCAAUUCACCUUGAAUUUACUGUAACAUGAACCAAAGGUCAAAGACAGCUUGAAGCUUGGAAAACAUCACAUCUCAAGUUCUAUUCAGCCAUAAACAAGAAGAAAAUCAUAUCGUUUGAAUGAAAAUGGUUACGUUGGGGAUCAUCAUUAUUAUUAAUAAAGGAAGGCACAAAAAUGCAAAAUCUAGAUUUAAAUAUAUGUAUACAUGACAUAAAAGGGGAGGGGAGGACUAUUAUUUGGGAAGAGGAAGGGGAACAGUAAGAGGGAAAGGGAGGACAAGAUUUGCUAACAGGUGAAUGUGAACAAAGUAGGCUAAAGUACAUGUAUGAAAAUGUCAUAUGAUGUCCAUCAUUUGUAAAAUGAAUAAUAACAUUAAUAAAAAAGCAAACACACACUCUAAUAAAAUCUUCUGCCUACGUCUGUGAGACAGGGUUUGAUGUAACCUAGGCAGGCCUCACACUUACUAUGUUGCUGAGACUAGCCUAGAAUGCCUCCACCCUCCAAGCACCCAGGAUGACAGGUGUGGGCCACUAUUCCCAGCUUCAUCAUGGACCCCCCAUCACCCUCCUUUGCCCUUCUUCCCAACUAGUUCCUCUUCCACUUUCAUGUCUUUUCUAUCUGUGACCCACUGGGUUUAAUUAGAGUUGCUUGAAUGAGCAUGGGAGGGAGUCUUAUUUAUAGGAGCACCGGCAACUAACCAGCAAAUACACCACUGGAGAAAAUUACUCCUCCCUCACAGCAGCCACUGACUUUACCUACGGCUCCUCGGGGAGCGAUGGGGCCUCAAAGUCCAACCCCCACCACGGAAUGUUGACAGGCCCUGUCUUUUGUGUAGGUAACCACAGUUAUGAUCUCACGAGAGCAGCCACCAUGCUGUGUCCAGGAGGCAGUGUCGUUACAGCACACCUUCCCGUUCAUCUUGCAUUCUUUCUGCCUUGAUAGAGAUUUUGAAUAUGUGGGGGAAAUGACACUAACAACAAGUUCCCCAAAACAUAUCUCAUUCACCUAGACCAGGCUGGCCUUAAAUUCAGAGAUCUACCUGCAUUUGCCUCCUGUGUGCUGGGGUUCAAGAUGUGUGCCACCAAGCCGCACAACAGGUAAUCUUUUAAAAAAAUAUUUUUUAAAUUGUGUGUGUGUGUGUGUGUGUGUGUGUGUGUGUGUGUGAGCUUCCCUCUCAAAAAAAAAGUCUCUGAAGCAGAGAUUUACACACAGGAAGGAGCACACAGUGUGCUCACAGAACAGCAUUGCUAGGGGAGUGAAGAAAGCAGGAUUAGGCAGAGAAAACUGAACUGAAAUUGACCAGGAUGGACCUAGAUGGAAGCAAGGGACCAGGACCUUAGGCUUCAUCUUGAUCCACUGAGAUGCAUCCACUGAGUGCAGACAUAACUCCCUUUUUGCCAAGUACAGAAGGACAGGGGUUAGCAGGGCUCUAGGGGAGACUUUAUCUUAGUGAGAUUUAGAGGAGUAAUUUAGUAAAAAUGGAAAAAUUAAAGAUGCUAAAAUGAGGAAUAGACCGAAGGUCAAGGUAGGGAGGGUGUCUCUCUAUAAGUUCAGACACAGUUCAAUGUACAGAAACAGAAGCAUAAGGCUAUAAUUGCUGGUAGGAAAAUAUGGUUGCAGGGCAAGUUGUCUUCUUUUGUGAGGAAUGGGGACGUCAAGACAGUUUCUGUUGCCCUGGUUGUCCUGGAACUCACUCUGUAAUGCAGGCUGGCCUUUAACUCACAGAAACCCACCUACCUCUGCCUCCUGAGUGCUGGGAUUAAAAGCUGCUUUUUGUUUGAUUUGAGCCAGGGUUUUAGGCAGCCUCAGGCUGGCCUUGAUCUUGACAUAAAUUGGAGGAUAAUCUUGAACUCCUGAUCUACUUGCUUCCAAAAGCUGCUGUCAGUGUGCCACUAUGCCCACUCGGCCGACUUCAGAGUAAGCUAAGAAUGAGUGGGGGUGAGGGCUGGAGACAUGGCUCAGCGGUUAAGAGCACCGACUGCUCUUCCCAAGGUCCUGAGUUCAAAUCCCAGCAACCACAUGGUGGCUCACAACCAUCCGUAAUGAAAUCUAGCGCCCUCUUCUGGUGCAUCUGAAGAGAGGUGUGGGCAGUGACAAUCACGAAAUAGUCAUUAAGGCAAUAAAUGGUCAAGGGAAAUGCAAUUGCUGGGGCAGAAUUAUGGAACUUCGCAAUGUUGUGAUUCUGAUGGAGUUGCCAACGAACAUGUUCAGCUGUAAGCCUGAAGUUGUAGUUUAAUUUAUUUACUCAUUCAUUUACAAAGUCUCACUAUGUAGCCCCAAACUGGCUCUGAAUGAUCAAUCUUCAACCUCCAGAGAAUACUGACCGAUCCCAGAAAGAAAUUCACAAACAAUUCCUUGCACGUUUGCAAACUGUACUGUAUUUUCGAUAACUUCAAGAAGGUUGGGGCAUUAAUAUUUAAUUCAACGCAUCCGACCCGUGUCGCUCAGAGUGGCAAGUGUCUGUAAUCCUAGUACUCCGGAGGCUGGGGCGGGAGGAUCAGAGUUCGAGGCCAACCUGAGCUGACAUCUCAACACAUACAUGUGUAUGCGGGUGUGUAAAGAAAAAGUUUCGCAAAAAUGCCAACACAAAGAAUCCCUCCUUCCUUUUACUUUUCCUCCUUGUUUCGCUGAACGAUGAAGAGGCUGGAUAACAACUUACACGCCAACGCUCUAACGGAGGGGAAGGUUCCCGCAAGCUGGGAGUGUGCCCGUCAGGCCUCUUCCCCGCCCGCGCCCGCUUUUCAAAAUGAAAACACGCACAGCCCCGCCCCUGCUCGAGGCCGUCGGGAAAAGGGCGCCGCCGCCGCAGCCGCCGCCCGUCUCCGGCCGCUCCGAAGUGACCGCGAGUCAAGGCAUCUUCUUCCCGCCUCAGCCUCAUUCUCGCGGUGAAAAGCCGCAGAUGAGCCUCCGACCCGCGGUCCUCAGGCAGCCAAAAUCGCGCACACACAUAUCCCCGCCUCGCGCCACACCCCCGGAAGUGACGAGCCGACGUGACCCGCCCUUGUCCCGUCAGGCCUCACGGCGACGGCGGGAAGAUGGCGGCGGCGGGAUCCCUGGAACGGAGCUUCGUGGAACUGAGCGGAGCUGAACGCGAAAGGCCCAGGCACUUUCGGGAAUUCACAGUCUGCGACAUUGGGACUGCAAGUGCCGCGUUUGGAACGGUGAAGUACAGUGAGAGCGCUGGUGGCUUCUAUUAUGUGGAAAGUGGCAAGUUGUUCUCCAUCACCAGGAACAGGUUCAUUCAUUGGAAGACUUCUGGGGAUACAUUGGAGCUGGUGGAAGAAUCACUGGACUUAAAUUUGUUGAAUAAUGCUGUUCGCCUAAAAUUCCAAAAUUACAACAUCUUACCCGGUGGGGUUCAUGUCUCUGAGACUCAGAAUCAUGUGAUAAUCUUAAUAUUAACCAAUCAGACAGUGCACAGAUUAAUUUUACCACACCCUUCCCGUAUGUACAGAAGUGAGCUGGUAACUGAAAGUCAGAUGCAGUCCAUAUUUACUGACAUUGGAAAAGUUGAUUUCAGAGAUCCUUGCAACUCUCAGUUAAUUCCAUCAGUACCUGGGCUGUCCCCGGGUUCCACCACGUCUGCAGCCUGGCUUAGCAGCGAUGGGGAGGCUCUGUUCGCUCUACCAUCUGCUUCUGGCGGCAUCUUCGUUCUUAAGCUGCCUCCUUAUGACGUACCUGGGAUAGCAUCAGUUGUGGAGCUGAAACAGAGUUCCGUGAUGCAGCGAUUACUCACAGGCUGGAUGCCCACAGCUAUAAGGGGUGAUCAUGGGCCUUCUGAUCGUGCUCUGAGUCUCGCUGUUCAUUGUGUGGAACAUGAUGCCUUUAUUUUUGCCCUGUGUCAGGAUCAUAAACUUCGGAUGUGGUCUUACAAGGACCAAAUGUGCCUGAUGGUGGCUGACAUGCUGGAAUAUGUCCCUGUAAACAAAGACCUUCGGCUCACUGCAGGAACAGGACAUAAAUUACGGCUUGCGUAUUCUCCUUCCAUGGGGCUCUACCUAGGAAUAUAUAUGCAUGCUCCAAAACGAGGACAGUUCUGCGUUUUCCAGUUGGUGAGCACUGAGAAUAAUCGCUAUAGUUUAGAUCACAUUUCUUCCCUGUUCACUUCUCAGGAGACACUAGUCGAUUUUGCCUUAACCUCAACGGAUAUCUGGGCCCUGUGGCAUGAUGCUGAGAACCAAACAAUUGUGAAAUAUAUCAACUUCGAACAUAAUGUUGCAGGUCAGUGGAAUCCAGUGUUUAUGCAGCCUCUACCAGAAGAAGAAAUUGUCAUCAGAGACGAUCAAGACCCCAGAGAAAUGUAUUUGCGGAGCCUUUUUACACCAGGACACUUCAUAAAUGCAGCUUUAUGUAAAGCUUUACAGAUUUUCUGCCGAGGUACCGAGAGGAACUUGGAUCUUUCAUGGAAUGAACUAAAAAAGGAAAUUACUUUAGCUGUUGAAAAUGAGCUCCAAGGAAGUGUGACGGAGUAUGAAUUCUCCCAGGAUGAAUUCCGCACUUUACAACAGGAAUUCUGGUGCAAGUUCUAUGCCUGCGUUCUCCAGUAUCAGGAAGCCCUCUCCCACCCUCUUGCUCUACAUUUGAAUCCUGUCACAAACAUGGUGUGCCUUCUCAAGAAGGGGUAUCUGUCUUUCCUGGUGCCAUCUUCCUUAGUAGAUCAUUUAUAUCUCCUGCCCGAUGAGCACCUUUUGACAGAGGAUGAGACGACCAUAUCAGAUGAUGCAGAUGUGGCACGGGACGUCUUAUGUCUUAUAAAAUGCCUCCGGAUGAUUGGAGAGUCUGUUACCAUGGACAUGGCAGUUUUGAUGGAAACCAGUUGUUACAACUUGCAAUCUCCAGAGAAGGCUGCGGAACACAUUUUGGAAGAUUUGAUCACUAUUGAUGUAGAAAAUGUGAUGGAAGACAUUUGUAGUAAACUGCAAGAGAUCAGAAACCCCGUCCAUGCCAUUGGACUUCUUAUACGGGAAAUGGAUUAUGAAACAGAAGUGGAAAUGGAAAAGGGGUUCGAUCCAGCUCAGCCUUUGAACGUUCGAAUGAAUCUUUCCCAGCUCUAUGGUAGUAGCACAGCAGGAUAUAUUGUGUGUCGAGGUGUGUAUAAAAUUGCCAGCACUCGAUUCCUGAUCUGCCGAGACCUCUUGAUCUUGCAGCAGCUAUUAACAAGGCUAGGAGAUGCAGUGAUCUUAGGAGCUGGUCAGCUCUUUCAAGCUCAGCAAGACCUGCUGCAUCGCACAGCUCCCCUGCUCUUGUCUUAUUACCUCAUUAAGUGGGCAAGUCAGUGCUUGGCAACUGAUGUCCCCGUUGACACACUGGAGUCUAAUCUACAACAUUUGUCAGUUCUGGAACUAACUGAUUCUGGUGCCUUAAUGGCAAAUAAACUGGUAUCUAGCCCUCAGACAAUUAUGGAGUUAUUCUUCCAAGAAGUUGCAAGAAAACAAAUUAUAUCUCAUCUCUUCUCUCAACCCAAAGCCCCUCUAAGCCAAACUGGAUUGAAUUGGCCUGAAAUGAUUACUGCAGUUACUGGUUAUUUGUUGCAGCUUUUGUGGCCUAGCAACCCAGGUUGUCUCUUUCUAGAAUGUUUGAUGGGGAAUUGCCAGUAUGUACAAUUGCAGGAUUAUAUCCAACUACUGCAUCCCUGGUGUCAAGUCAAUGUUGGGUCUUGUCGCUUUAUGCUGGGACGGUGUUACCUGGUUACGGGGGAAGUGCAGAAGGCUCUGGAAUGUUUCUGUCAGGCAGCAUCUGAAGUGGGCAAAGAAGAAUUUUUAGAUCGCUUGAUCCGAUCAGAGGACGGGGAGAUUGUGUCCACCCCCAAGUUGCAGUAUUAUGAUAAGGUUUUACGUCUACUAGACGUUGUUGGAUUGCCUGAGCUGGUUAUUCAGCUUGCUACAUCAGCAAUUACUGAAGCAGGUGAUGACUGGAAAAGUCAGGCUACUUUAAGAACAUGCAUUUUCAAACAUCAUUUGGACUUGGGUCAUAAUAGCCAAGCAUAUGAGGCCUUGACCCAAAUUCCGGACUCCAGCAGGCAGUUAGACUGUUUGCGACAGCUGGUGGUGGUUCUAUGUGAACGCUCCCAACUGCAGGAUCUUGUAGAGUUUCCCUAUGUGAAUCUGCAUAAUGAGGUUGUAGGAAUAAUUGAAUCACGUGCUAGAGCUGUGGACCUUAUGACUCACAAUUACUAUGAACUUCUUUAUGCUUUUCACAUUUACCGCCAUAAUUACCGAAAAGCUGGUACAGUGAUGUUUGAAUAUGGUAUGCGUCUUGGCAGAGAGGUACGAACUCUUCGGGGACUUGAGAAGCAAGGCAACUGUUACCUAGCCGCUAUCAAUUGUUUACGGCUUAUUCGUCCAGAGUAUGCGUGGAUCGUACAGCCAGCCUCUGGGGCAGUGUCUGAUCGCCCUGGAGCAUCUCCUAAGCGGAAUCAUGAUGGCGAGUGCACAGCUGCCCCAACCAAUCGGCAAAUUGAAAUUCUGGAAUUGGAAGAUCUCGAGAAAGAAUAUUCUUUAGCUCGCAUUCGCCUCACGUUGGCUCGGCAUGAUCCAUCAGUGAUUGCCAUUGCAGGAAGUUCAUCAGCAAAGGAGAUGAGCGCACUCUUGGUUCAGGCUGGCCUCUUUGAUACUGCCAUAUCACUCUGUCAGACUUUUACUCUUCCAUUAACACCAGUCUUUGAAGGGCUUGCUUUCAAGUGCAUUAAGUUGCAGUUUGGAGGAGAAGCAGCACAAGGAGAAGCGUGGUCCUGGCUAGCAACCAAUCAGCUGUCGUCUGUCAUCACCACCAAGGAGUCCAGUGCUACAGAUGAAGCAUGGAGGCUAUUGUCAACUUACUUGGAAAGAUACAAAGUCCAGAAUAACUUGUAUCAUCAUUGUGUGAUUAACAAGUUGUUGUCUCAUGGAGUUCCUCUGCCUAAUUGGCUUAUAAACAGUUACAAGAAGGUUGAUGCUGCCGAGUUGCUUCGUCUUUACCUGAACUAUGACCUUUUAGAAGAAGCUGUGGAUUUGGUCUCUGAAUAUGUAGAUGCUGUAUUAGGAAAAGGACAUCAGUACUUUGGAAUUGAGUUUCCACUGUCAGCAACAGCCCCGAUGGUAUGGCUCCCAUACUCUUCUAUUGACCAGCUUCUCCAGGCUCUGGGAGAGAACAGUGCCAACAGUCACAACAUUAUACUGUCCCAGAAAAUUCUUGACAAACUAGAAGACUACCAGCAAAAAGUUGACAAGGCAACGCGAGAUUUACUGUACCGUCGGGACUUGUGAUCUGGAUAGCUGCUCAGCUCUGUAACCUUGGUGCCUCUUAGGGCUUAAGACUACGCUACAGAAACCCUGUCCUCAAGGCCAGUUUUUCUAACUAUAAACGAUGUGUCUGGCGCCCAAGUCUGCAUUCUGCACAAACAAAGAAAACAAAGUCAGGACCGACCCUGUGCUUGCUUGUGGUGCUAACACGGUUUCUGGUUUUCAAACUUCGUCUCUAACAGCUGCUUUUGUAUAUGAUUCUCAACCUUUUUCAGAGUUUAUAUUUUUUUAAACUACCGAAGACAUCCUUUAUCUGCAAACAGAAACUCACCUUCACUUCCCGUAAUAGCUAAUGGUUGUUGGUUUGUUACAGCUGACCACCAAAUUGUCACUGCGUAUCCUUUCAUUUUUCCUUACCUUUUUUUAUAUUUCAGUGGAUUUGUUUUGGUCCAGAACUAACAUCUAUUUUCUGUACUGCAAACAAAGGCUAGUGGUUUUACAUACUCCUUUCAUUAUUUAUUGUAGAGUUUUUCAUAUGACCGUCAAUAAAGUAUUAGGUAAUAUGCAUAGAUUAAGAAUAAAUUAUGACCAGCUUUUUAAGGAAAAUAUAUUUUGAAUCUGGCUAAGGCUAAAGUUGAAAAAAACUAAUGUCCAUCUAUAAAAGAAACAAAUUUUCAUUUUCAAAUUGUAUUAAUUUAUGUGAUUUAUAAUAAUCAAGCUGGACUUGAUCAUACAGUUAGUGUGAUAAUAUAUUGGACCAAAAUGGGAUUUACCAGUCAGAAUCAGAAACAUUCAUGCAUACAAACUUUGGGAAAGGUGAAAAAUAAUAAAAAUAUCCUUUGAUUUUAUUCUGUAUAUUAAGAUUUAUCUUUUAAGGAAACAAGUCUCUAUACUAUUUGUUUGAAUGAAUGCCCUUUGACAUCUGUGUUUUUAUAAACUUUAGAACGUAUACUGUUAACAUCCUAUUUGUUACAUAGUUUAUAGCUCUCCAAUGCAGAAUAUGACAUGCUAUGGAUGGGCCCUUGCCCUUGAAGCUUUCUAAACUUACGGCUCUCCACUACAGCAUAAAAGGCACUGGCCUGUAUUCAACCAUGUUCAAUUGUAGUCUGAAAAUUAGCAUACCCUGUUUCUGCCAUAUCUGAAGAGCAACAAAUAAGAGGAUAGCGGUGCUGCCUCGCAGUUCACAUAGCACUGCCCAGCCUUUCCUGUGCUAACCGCCAUGUCAAAGCCAGUCUGAUCUCCGCUUUAGUCUACCCGUCUCAUUUUGAUUCCAGCCAGAGCAAAGAGACUUGUGCUCUCACUGCAAUGUGUUUGCCGCCGUGGCUCUGUGCUUGGGUUUACUGUACCCUGUGAGGUUUUAUUAGUCCACAGUAAUUAGACCAUGGCUUGUUUUGUUUUGUUGUUUGUUUGUUUGUUUCUGUCAGAAAGUUGAAAGGCUCUCUGAGAGUCUAGAGAAAUGGCUCAGUGGUUCCACAGGCUGGCCACUCUUCCAAAGAACCGGAGUACGAGUCCUAUGCAGCUCACCGUCACCGUAACACCAGCUCCAGGGGCUCCGACACCCUCUCUAAACUCCACUGGCACCUGCACUCAUGUACACACAGAAACACAUAAGUCAAAAUAAUAUAAAAAUCGUUGAUGUUGUUGUUGCUGUCUUAAAGGUUCUGUUAGGCUAGGAGUGUGUGGCUCACUGAUAGAACAUUUGCUUAGCAGAUCCAAGGCCCUCAAUCCCCAGCACCAGAGGCAUAUAGUAAAAUGUAACUGCAAUGGCUGUAACAGAUGUCCUGACUGGUAUACUAGAUUUGGUAGGGCUGAGUGCCAAGGCCUUUGUUUGAUCCCCAAUACCACAAAGGGAGAAGGAAAAUGAUAGUAACAUGGAGUUUUCAUAUUGAUAUUUUUUUACCAGAUAUAUUACUGUCAUUAUUGUAACAUUGCAAAAUUUGCUAUACAAAUUUUAUAGUGUAUACAAACACACUACUUUUUUAAUAAUUCCUUUCCUUUGCCAGCCCUCCCCACUGGAUCCCAGCUGCCUAAAACCCUUAGGGUCUGCCAGGAUAAGUGGUACACACCUUUAAUCCUAGUGCUAGGGAGGCAGAAGCAGGAGGACCUCUGUGAGUUUGUGGCCACCGUGUUGUACAUAGUGAGUUCCAAGACGGCCGGGACUAUGUAGAGAGACCCUAGAGACCCUGUCUCCAAAAAGAAAAAAGAAAAAAACCCUUGGGUCAGUUGUCACCGGUCAGUACUAGCCUUUGUCCCUUUUGUGACUCUAGUUACUCAGUAGGUCUCAGCCCUGGCUAUUUUGUUUCCUAAAACUUCACUGAACCCCCAGGGGCAGGGGAGACACAAAAUUACAGAUUUGGAGAUAGCUCAUCUCUUAGGAAUACCAGAGUUCACUUCCCAGUACCACCACCAACCAGCUCUUUAGCUCCAGGAGAUAUAAAAGCCUUCAGGUCUCCUGAAGCACUUGUGUAUGUAGGACAGAGGCAGAGACAGGUGGGUCUCUGUGAGUCUGAGGACUACAUAGUAAUACCAUUUCAAACAACAGCAACAACAAGCAAAGCAAAGUACCUGAAAGAUCCUUUUUUUCCAUUUCCUCCAAUAUAAGAUUUCAUGUAUCCCAAGCUGGCCUAGAACUCACUGUAACCAAAGAUGAUCUUGAAUUUCUGCUCCUCUUGCCUCUGCCUCUAAAGGGUUAGGAUUAGUUAUAACCAGCACACCCAGUUUCCCCCGGUCUCUGUGUGCUGUCGUCUAGAACUCUACCUACUAAGCUGCAUCCCAAGCUCCAGUUGAAGACCUUAAUUGGCUUUUUGAGAUUAUUAGAGUCAAAUGACUGGUUGUUCUGUGAAACAUGCUGCAGGGCUAGAGAGAGUUCAGUAAAAUGUCAGCUUUAUGACCUAGUCCAGGCUCCUAGGCUACACACAUAUGGUCAUAUAUGCUUGUGAUGCCCAUGCUGGAGGGUAGAGACAGGAUCCCUGUGGUGCUGGCCAGCCAGACUAGCCUACUCGGUAAGAUCCAGACUAGGAGAUCCUGACUCAAAAACAAAACAACAAGGACAUUUCCUACAAAAUGACACCUGAGACCUGAGCUUGACCUCUCGCCGCCACAUACAUACAGGUACACCCGCAUAUAGAGGGAAACACACAAACACAAAAAUAUGUGUUGUGGGCUGAAGAGAUGGCUCAGGGGUCAAGCACAAUUCCCAGCAACCACAUGGUGGCUCACAACCAUCUGUAAUGGGAUCUGAUGCCCUCUUCUGGGUGUCUGAAGACAGCUACAGUGUACUCAUGUACAUAAAAUAAAAAAAAUUUUUUUUAAUUAUUUUUAAAAAAAAAUCAAAAAAUAAAUGUGAAAGGCAAUUUGCUCUAGGCAAUGAUGGUGGCACAUUCCUUUGAUCCCCGAACUCAGGAGGCAGAGGUACGUGGAUUUCUGUGAGUUAAAGGCCAGCCUGGUCUUCAGAACAAGUUCCAGGACAGCCAGGACUACACAGAAACCUUCUCUGAAAAGAAAAAAAAAAAAGAGGAAGAAGAAAGCAAGCAAGCAAAAGAAAACAGUGUUCUUGUUGAAGUUAGCUACUUUCCUUUAAAGUCAGAUAACUUUGUUUCAGAUUUGUGAUGUGGAACACUAGAGCUAAGUGACUGUUUGGUUUUGGUCAGGUAUAAUGCAGGCGCUAAAGCCAAAGCAUUUCCUGUAAAUCCUACUUGGCAGAACAAAAGCUUAAAAUCCUGAGUUCAGUAAUCUGCAGCACAGCAAAACUAGGGGAGAAGACUGGCAUUAGCAGACUCUCCUCAGUUCUCAACUACUGCAAACGCUAACACUAUUCAAAUGAAUAUGGAUGGAAUUUAUAUUUAAA